CGUGCCAGGCGAAUUCACUGUUCUUGAGUUUAAACUGCGCAUCUGGCAAUAACGUGUAGCAUCUGGUUGCAUCGUGAAAGAGUAACGAGCGGGCACUGUGAGGGUUUUUUGUGCGGAUUGAAGGACAGCGUUUAAGAGACAGACAGACAGACCGCUGGUAGCCAUGGCGUUGGACGGAUGCGGACAGAUGUGUAAAUGUAUUCUCAUCCUUUUCAACAUUGCGUUUGGCCUUUUGGGCUCUGCAUUGCUGGCACUUGGCUUGUUUUUAAGAUUCAGCUCCCAGACACGUGGACUGUUUGACAUCAAUCUCAACACCCAGGCAUUUGUUAUCGGAGUGAUAGUGCUGAUGGUAGUUGGAGCAUUCCUGUUGCUGACUGCUAUUUUCGGAGACUAUGGAGCCUGCAGUGAGAACAGAAGUGCCCUGGCAGUGUUUAGCGGCCUUCUGGGUGUCCUGGCCGGAGUUGUAAUCUGUGCCGGGGUGAUGGCCUUCACUAACAGUGAUGAGGUGGCGGAGAGUCUCUCCGACUUCUAUGGUUCAGUGUACCUGCAGUAUGUCAACAAAGGUGGAGACCCCACCAUGGAGGUCACACUGAAGAUCUUCCACAAUUGUUUUCAGUGCUGCGGAGUUGGCGGAGUCAUUGAGCCCUUCGUCCGAAGUACUUGUACCGAGUCUGGUAUUUUGGACUUUUUGAAAUCAAAACCAUGUCCUGCGGUCAUCGUCAGCACGUUCCGCUCCAAAGCUCCACUGGUCCUGGGGAUUUUCUUGGGAACGGCAGCUCUGAUGAUCUGCGCCCUGGUGUGCUCCAGCAUUAUGGCUCAGCAGAUAAAGAGAAGCCUCCAGCAGUUCCCAGUGGCCUAUUCCCAGCCGGGCUUCGUGGCCUACUGAUGAAAAGCUGAAGAUCAUUCGCCAGCCCCUCUGGUCCUCCAUUCCUUCCUAGGUCAAGUGUAGCAUCUGUAUUAAGAACUGUGUUCCCAGCAACAUGCCAUCUUUGCCACCUCAUUCCUGCUGUUGUGUGAGGAGAACCUCGCAGAGGUGGACCAAGGUUGAUGUCUCUGAGCAAUCAUUUCGUUGGGUGCAUUGUCGUGCGUCUCCCUCUCCUUGUGCUUGCUGAGCGUCUGUGUUUGUUUUUGAUUGAAUAGUGCUGCUUUGACACAAAAGGGAACAUUUCAUAUGCAUGCUGCUGGUAGUUUUUUAAUGAAGCAAACUAACAAUGGGCAGUGAUGCAGACAUAGCCGAACCAUUUUUUGAAGCCACAGACUUUAAUGACUGAUAUGGCACAGUCAGCACCUUUCACCAGUUGGAUUUGAACAAAAGCAUGUUGCCAUUAGCUUUAUACUUUUACUUAUGGGUGACCAAGGGCUCCAUCAUCUUAAUGCCUAGACCUGACGCUUUGCUGUUACUGUUUAAAACAAUGUCUGUGGUUAAUCUCAAUUUUUUUUAUCAAGUUAUGCUUAGUAUUGUGACUGUUACAUUCACCUAAAAUUAAUUGAAUAAUCCAGUUAUGCAUCUUAUAGGAUUAUUGGUCAAGUCACUUUUAUUCAGAAUUUUACUCAUUUUAGGGACAUGCAUAAAUUCAGAUCCACAGAUUGUGUACAGCACAGAAUCAGAGAGCCACACUCAGGCCAAGCAAUGACCAAGGGCACUAAAUUCAGAUGACGAGCCUCCAUUUCAUACUCUCAAAAUGAUGUUAAAACACACUCACCCAACAUACUGUCACUGAGGGAUACUGCACCAGAUUAAAGUGGUCUACUCACAGAAGAUUUGGAGGUCUAAAUUUCAAUUUGCUCUGCACAGAUUUGAUGACCAAAUUCAUUUCAGAUUUUUAGGGUUAGAGAGCUGGAAGAGCCUUGCACAUGACUUGAAUUUCCCAUACAUGCAAACAUAACUGUUGGAGAGCAUAGACGUUAGCUGUUUGAUAUGGGUAUUAACCUUUACCUUGGAGUCCAACGAAGGGAUCACACCAGGCCUUUAAGGUGAUGGUGCUGACCCAUUAUUUGGACAUUGUAAACAGGGAAAAAAGGCGGAGGAGGGAUGCCAUGAACAGCUGCUUAUCUACUGUUGGGAUGAAGGCACUUCUUUCAAGUCUUUGUUUGGAACCUCAAAUACUAUAUUUUAAGAUGCCUUUCUAGCAUGUUCGUCACAUUGUGUUCUCUUACAAGCCAAAUUAGUUGUACA